AUGCUGCCACCCAUAGUCAGCAGCUAUCAGCAGUACAAGCACGACACAGCCAAAAUAGCAACAUGGCUCUUCCAGAAGUCAUCAGAUUGUGGCUUCGUCCGCAGCAAGGCGAUGAGGCGUAAGGCCUCGAAGUCCUCCAAAUAUGAGAUCGCGCUGAAGGAGUUCGUGCCGAUGGCAGAGGCUAUUGCUAAAUCUGCCGACAAGUUCGGCGUCAAGAUCACGACGGGGAUGAUCAAGACAUUCAAGCGCUGUAUAAGAGCACGGUCUGGAAUCAACGAGUGGUUUAUCGCGGAGGACUCUGAGAAUGAUGUGUCUAAUGAAGGCCACAAGCAUUGUGUUGCCGUGCUGCAAGAAGCGCUCGAGGUCCUUGUUCCACUUCAGAAAUUGCAAGAGAUCGACGAGAGUGGUUACAAGCUCGCGAAGUUACGCUCAAACUCCGAGGAAGACACUGCUACUUUGCAAGUCAAGAACGCAUUCGGAUCCCUGAUGGUAGAAGAGCUCGACGAAGCCAUUCUCGCCGCCGUCGCAGAUGCCACACCCGAGCCUUCGGCGAAGGGCGCCGUCGAGUGUUCUCUCGAAGAUAACGGAGAGGACUGGUUCUUUGCUGUGCAGAGCUUCUUCGACGAGAUUCACGAAAUGCGUACGCUCAUUCAAGCACUGUGGAUGGGCUACGCUGCAGGUGACAUAGACGUGGCCACGGUUUCCGUCGUCAGCAAUACAGCUGUUGAUCUGGCGAAUCUUAAACCAAACCCAACAUGGGGCGAUCACUUGGUACCUCUGGAAGCAUGGGAUGCGGUAGAGGAAUCCCUUUUGCUACCCUACAGAUGGCUGGCCUCCCACAUUGAGCGCGCAAACGGACCCACAGGUGUCGCAAUUACCCGGCCAGCGUUCGUGGGACAAUACGAUGCUCUUUUCGACAGAUCUAAGGCAACUCCAAAACAGCUUUAUGAGCAGGACUCGGCGCUGCUUACCGAUAUGCUCACAACUACACUUCCCUAUGUACUCAUGGGCACCACUCCGAACGAUACCGAACUGUUAAAGGGUCUGCGUACGGUAACGGAGGAGGAGCGUAGCCCCCCUACCUGGUUGGCAUUCGCUGCUCAGCUUUAUGUGGAUGCUCAGACCUCACUGAAGACCAAAGGUACACAGCCAUGCAGCGACUUAAUCGAGUUUGCACUCGACGCCAGACGUGUCCUGCGAGGACAUGCGAAAUUCAACCAAAAGCACACACUUGUAGGCUACCAGACUCCGCAGUCCGAGUUAUGGCCGGAGACUACCGAAGAGAUCGAGCAAUGGGUACUGGACGACCAGAUGCACAAGUCCAUGAACGCAUCAUAUAGCCUAGCCGCGCAGAAACGGCAGAACAAGAAGUCGAAAGCCAGGAAAGUCCGGGAAUGGCAGCCGUAUGAGAUUCUGCGCAUGGACUCCACGCUUUGUGGCUUGUGGAAAUAUUGUUUCCAUCUCCAGCUGCAAACGGCGGGAUUGCGUCUCGUCAACCAGACACAGGUCAUGGUGGUGGCACACCUGUAUAACGCGUUGAAACAGAACGACUACCUACCUAAGGACUGUGUCUGGCAGGAUGUCGAAUAUCUGCUCAAGAUACACGAGAGAGCGAAUACUUUCCUUGGGGAGAGGCCCAAGACGAUAGAAGAGUGCACAAAGCGACUUGCCUUGGCACAAGGAGUCUCUCCGCAGACUUUCGCGGCCGGAAGAAGAGAAGGUGCACGAGCUCGUCCGGUGUUUUCCAAAUCAGGCGGCAAAAUACUACAACGCUCUACACCGAUCGCGGAGGUGUUCGUGGAGCGAUUUCUUGAGGACGGCAGCACAGAUUUGUCGCUGGCGAAUAUCGAAACUGUCUUGACGAAGAGAGGAAGUUCGGCAGCUACUGGCGAAGUUAGUGGCGGAGGGCUCAUUUCCCCCAACACCGAUGAUGAUCAGGAGGGAUCUGAGGACGACGCAGAUGACAUCCACGACAGUACUCUCAUGCAGUGGAACGACACGCGGACGGUGCCGUCCGUCGGCUUUCUUGAGGAGUUGGCAGCGGCAUUACAAGCGGAACAUCUGGACUUGCAGUUCGACUACUUCUCUUUCCAUCGCCAAACACGCUCUCUGCUUGAGCAGAUACAUACGGCCUGCUAUGACUAUGGCAAAGACUGGAUCAAAGAAGAAUUUUGGGAGGCGAUGGCGGGACCUGAAGGGGCCAUGAUGAUGCCUGGCGUCAUUAUGCUUGCCGCGAGUUCCCCUGCGAAAUCUCAAAACCUGUAUGCACUUAAGGAUGUAGCGGUUGUCGACACCAGAGGCUUGAAAGCAGCAGCUGUGGUGAUGAAGGAGUUCAUUGAGCGGGAGGGCGCCGCAUAUUCGGAGAAGGAAUUGUCGCAACUGGAUCUUCGGCAGAAGAUGGGCGAGAGAGAACACGGCGACGAUUGGGACACAGACGUUGCGACUCUCAUGGCGAAUCUAGGUCUUACAGGAUCCGUUGGACGGGUUGACGGCAUGACCAAGCAGGAGAGCGCGCGGGAGCUCAAAGCUUGGACGGUCGAGAAGGCAGCGGCGAAGUGGAACAGCCUUUCGGAAUCGGAAAAGGCGGCUCAAACCUGUCGCCCGAAAGAGAGAGUACCUAGCAUCUCAACGACCACAGCAACGUGA